ACCACCGCCGCCAGUUUUCCCCGGGAAACUCCGCGCGAGCCGAAAAAUGCGCCGGAAAAUUUCGAAAACCGCCCGGGAAAAUUUUUGACGAUUCCGCGAAUUCAUACUAACAUCGGAGUUGGACAAAAUGUGACCUAACUGAACAGUCUAGGGGAAGUUGGGAUGAGUUAAUUGAAGUUGUGCUGUAUCCAUAAUGACUGAAGUUUGUGUCUUGACGUCUUUUAGUCGCUCUCUGCAUGAUGAAGUAGUAAAGUUAGUGUAAAAAUAUUAAAUUAAUUUGCGGUGUCAGUGCUUUGUGGUGUAAAUGUUUCGGAAUAAACUCAUUAUUGUCACGAUGAGAUUUAAUUGUAGCGUGUUUUGACGAAGUUCUUAAGUUACACUGGUCCUUCGAUAGCACAAGGAUCAGUACUUCAGCCUGCAAGCACAGCAUAAAGGAUGCUCUUAUCCUGGCAUCUCUUACCGCCGAGCCUGAUAAUACUAUGGUUGUGUUCGACUGAAUCCCUGUGUCCAGAAUCCUGCGUCUGUCGGCAAUCCGAGAAGGGUCAGAGGAAGGUGUCUUGUUCGAAGGGAGGCAUGCGGGGCCCUUUGCCGCUCGCCGACGUCGACCCCGGCAUGGAAGUGCUGGAGAUAUCGAGCCCCAGCGAUAAUCCCAACGCGCUGUCGAUCAGCCCCGUUUUCCAGCAAUUCAAACACUUGCAGGAGAUCUCGAUCAGGCGGUCUAAUGUCCUGCAGAUUGGCAUGCAUCCUUUUUGGGGCACGCCGAGCAUACGGCUGCUGGAUUUGAGCUACAACAACAUCACCAGUGUGUUCGAUCAUAAUUUUCGCGGUUUAUUGAAUUUAGUGGAACUGAAUUUGGACGGGAAUAAAAUCGAAAAAUUGGCUGUUGGUGCGUUUAAGCACCUAUCGGAGUUGAGGAUGUUAUCGUUACGGUACAAUAGGAUCAGUGAUUUGGAACCAAGGAUAUUUUUGAAAUUAGUGAAGCUGCACAUACUAAAACUUAGUGAAAAUAAAUUUCAAGAGGAACUUAAUCCGGAAGUGUUCAAAGAUAUUCCGGACCUUCGCGUCUUGGAAAUGCGCGGCUGCGGACUGAAACGAAUCAACACACAACUAUAUCACUUGCUGCCUUACCUUUCCCACCUCGAUUUGGGAAACAACCACAUACAAUUCUUAGCCGAAGACGAAUUCCAAGACCUCCAUCGACUGCACAUACUCAAACUGGACGGCAACGUGCUGCCCGUCAUCUUAGAGAAGACCUUCGUCAACCAACAGCAACUCAAGUAUCUGUGCUUGGCGAAGAACCGGCUGGCGAAAAUAACGAAUACUGCCUUCUUCAACCUAACCAGCCUCGUCGAAUUGGACAUUAGCUACAACAAACUGAGCAAGCUCGAGCCGGUCGCUCUGAGCCACGUGGCCGAUACUUUACAAAGGCUAGUGAUAAGCGGCAACAAUUUCACGCUAACGUUAAUCAAAAUGGUGUUGCAAACGCUUUAUCGCGUCUGGCACCUCGAUAUCUCCCACAUGAAGAUAAAAUCCCUGCCCGACCGUUUCUUACCGGACAGAAUCAAGAAGCUCAACAUCUCCUGGAACAACAUCACCAACAUAAGCGUUCAAGCGCUACCGAGGCAAUUGGUAGAACUAGAUUUAUCCUUCAAUGCCGUUAAAGGUUUAAACGAAAGCGUCUUAUUGAAACUAGAAGCCCUUCAGUACGCGAACGUGUCGGGCAACCCGUGGUCGUGCGAUUUGUGCCACAUCACCUCGAUUAUUUUCCGCGCGAACAAAACGAACCUGUUCAAAAAUUCAUUGUGUGCCUCUCCUCCAAAGCUCGAAGGGCGGAAAUUGGUGAGUUUAAGGUUCGAGGACGUGACCACCUGCGAUUCGUACGACUCCGAGCGCAAGAUGCCCUCGGACAAGCUGAGCCUGUUAGUGGGCCUGAUCUGCAUCAUAGUUUGCGCGAUCUGCUCCAUCGUGUUCGUGGUGUGCUCGUGCGUGCGGAGACAUUCGAGAAAUUUGGCGAGGCAGCGAAAGCGGGCGAUGGAGCGCGGGGAGAACGACGUCGGUAGCGCCUCGGCGGUGUUCAGCAAGGGCGAAAUAAGUUUUAAAUUCCCGCUGGAUCUGACCGAAAGGAAGAUGUCGGUGUCAACUAUAGAUGAGAUCAAGAGGGAUUCCCAGCAAAGUUUGCCGAACGGAACGAUAACCGGAAUCUGAAAGGAACUGGAAAUUUUCCGCCCGGCGGAUCGCGAUGGCUCUGUUACGAAAGGUUGCUUUCGGUUGAAAAAAUAUUUUUUGGCUGAAUUUAACUUCGGGAAUUUGGCUCAGUUCAUUUUAAGUUAAUAUUAAUUGUUCUUUCGGCUGUAUUUUCAAAAAAAAAAAACUAAAUGUAACAUUCGAACUCAACCAAUUCUGAUGAUUGUUUGAAAUAUUAAUAAAGUCAUAAUUAACAAUUUAUAAUUAACUGUUAAAUUUGUAUUUAUUUGCGUUUCAUAUAUUAUUUU